CUUUCCGUAAUGCCUCAAAUGGACAAACUUAUGUACGCUUUAUUCAACCCGCAAAUGCACAAAUUCUGCUUCUUCUAUGCCGUCAAAUACCUUUUUGAAUUUCUUGCUGACAAAGCGAGUGAAUUUCAAAUCUCAGAUCAGAAUAUCCUCCACUCGUGGAAGUCCAACUGUUUGCAAUUACGCUUUUGGAACCAGUUGAUCCUGAACCUAGAUCACGUCCUGGAUGUCCCACUCGCGCGAAAUAAUUAUCUGGAGCGAUCUUUACAUUCUUUCAGCCAGGCCGUUGCAUACGCAUGCGCCCCUCACCCGGACCCAAUCCACGCUGAUUCACCCUUCAAUAAGACCCUGUUUGCUAGCGAAAUCCGCCGAUACUGGUCAAGAGUAGUUAACUUCUACGAAGUGGUAACCACUCCACCACGAGUAUCACGUACGGAACUGCUUAAUCACCUUGAAAUGCACCAGGAAAGAUAUCAAGGGCAAUUUAACCGAAACUGGGCCAUUGAAAAGUUAUAUUGGAAUUACAUCCGUCCAUUUCACGACAAGAUAAAAAAGGUAACCUGCAACGAAUAG